AUGUUGAUAGUACAGGUUAGAACGCCGAAAAUAAAAAUGGCAACACAUCGAGCAUAAAAUAGUUAACCAUCAAUGCUUAAUUAUGGUAAUCUAAAUAGUUUCCAUGAAUUUUUUCAAAAUUAAUCAAGAAGCUUACAAAAAGGUGAAGGUACAAAGGAUAGUAGAUGCAAAACUGAAUCAACAUAAAUUGAAUUAAAAGCUAAUCACGCUCAUAAAAUAUCAAGCCAAUCGACAACAAUCAGUUUAACAAACAGCACUAGUUAUAAUUAGAGAUUAUCUAAACAAAAUUAAAAAUCUAACAGUAGUCAUAAAAUAAUAGAAAAAAUAUUACCGAAAUCUGUAAAUCCAUUUUAAGAAGAUGAAGGCACAGUUAAUCAAAAAUUAUAAUCUUAGUUAAAGAAAUUAUUAAUCAAAACUAAAGAUAUCAUCAAUUCAUAUGAAAUCACUUAAAAAAAGUAAUAAAUAACUGAAUCAUAAUUAAAGCAAGAAAUUGUUUAACUUAAAAAGAUAAUAGAAAAUUAAUAAAAACAACUCAAAAAACAUAAUAUCUAAUAUUGA